AUGAACACUCCUCCGUUCAAGGCUCUUCAACUGUCGCCUAACCUGUCGUCCAUGGCGUUUUGUUUAGACGACCCAUCUAAUAAUGAAAAACUUUCCAAUAAUAGUAUGAACAGUUUCCAACAUUUAUUAGCGUCUCCUACAAAGCUGAAGUUGGACAAUUCUUCCCUCUUUUAUAGAACUUCAUUAUCCAAAUUGAAUGACUAUUCUUCCUCAUCCAAAAAUGCUACUCCUGUAGGUAGAGAAAGAAGAAAUUCAGAUACUUUAAAUCCAAUCAGAUUUCAAUUUAGCAACUCUUCAAAUGCACAGACUACAAACACACCAAAAAUGUUAAAACCUGAAUUCUUAUCUCAAAAGGCGUCCGCUAAUGCCUUGCCAUUAUUAUCAGCAUUAAUGGGUUCAAAUGGUAAUACUAAUAAUUCUAACUCUAAUUCUAACAUUAAAAAAACAUUGGAACAAUUGCAACAACAGAUUGAAACUUUUAAAGGUACUAAACCCACUGCCUCUGCUGCUGGAGCAAACAAGGAAAAUGUUAAUCCAAAUUUACUAAAUGCAGUACCAAUCGUUCCCGUCAAAAAGAAUGUACCUACUCCAUCGGCUCCAGCACCCGCUCCUAUUGUUGCACAACCAUUGUUUGAAUCAAAUAUGCCCGUCCAUCAACAUCACCCUCAUCCUCAUCCUCACACCCAUCCAAGGAAACAAUCUCCACAGGAAAGAUACCUUCAUAAUGAUAAUACGAGAGUGUCUUCCAGUUCCACGACGGUUUAUACGCCCAUGUCAUCCAUGGCUCAAACUCCUAUAUUGGACGAACCAUCACCAAUUGUCUUGGAAAAUCCACCAUCGAAUAAUUAUCGUCGAUCACAACAGUUCGAAUUGGAUGAUGAACUUGAUAUGAAUGGAUUUGUCAGUAACAAGGGUAAUAACUUUAAAAAUAGAUAUAGUUUCAUCUCUUCCACCUCUACUGAUUUUGAUAUGGAUUGGUAUGAUCAACCUACUCCACCUAAUGUUAAUCAAAGACGCCCAUCUCCAACUCAACUACAUCAUUCUCAAAGGAAUGUCGGAAUAUUGGAAGAGAAUCAACAAGUGGAUUUAAAGAUUAAAAAAUUAGAAUUAGAAAUUAAUGAAUUGAAAUUACAAAAUGAAAAACUGAUUAAUUCCAUUUCCAAAAAUAAAGUCAUGGAAGAUAAGAUCCUUUUUGAACUAAUUAGUGAAAAGCACAAUAAUGAGAAAAGAAGCAAGAAGAAAAAGGAGGAAGAUCCAUUGGAGAAAAAAUUGAAACAAAUGGAGAAGAAAUUUAAGACGUAUCAAAAAUUGUUGCAAAAUUUAACACAGACAAAUAAUACCACUAGUACGUCAAGAAUGAGCUCAAAUUGCAGCAACUCUUCCAAGACGAGAAUCCCUAGAAUAUCACGUAAAGAAUUGAAAAGGAUUGAAGAACAAAAUGAUUCCACAUCAGCUUCAGAUUUCAACGAUAACUUGGAUACUUCUUCUGAAGAUGAGAAGGAACUAAACGUUACAAGGGAACAACUAGAGGCAUUUCAUUAUAAUGCCAGAGAUGCAGAUAGUGUCCAUACACAAGGUGAAGAGGAAGAAGGAGAAGAUUAUGACGACGAUGAUAUACAUUCCAAACGACUCACUCCUUCCUCUUUAUCCAGUGGUAAGACAGGGUUUCAGUUAAACUUCCAAGUGCAGCCUGUCCUCCCUACUGAUGAACACUAA